AAUUGAAAAGUCCAUCUCUGUAGAGAGAGAAAUACAGCGACUCGAAAGAAGAAUCAAUAGAAUUCGAGAGACUUUCAAAAAAAAAAAAAGAAUUAGAGAGAGAGAGAGAGAGCGCUACGAAAAUGUCAGAGCAUGAAAUAUUAUAGACAAUGAGAGAUGAGCGGAGAGACGGAAAGAAUCGAGAAGAUGAUGCACAGCGGGCACAACGGUUAUGGAAACGGGGUGAUGACGUCGGCAUCGGCGGCGACGACGCCCAUGGCCAUGACGUUGUCUUCAUCCGCGACAAAUGCUCAAUCUCGGGGCCUGAAGACGUACUUCAAGAACCCAGAGGGACGCAUCUGCAUUUUGAUUUCCUUUGGAGAAUACCUUAUUGAUUUCCGAGAACUUAAAAGUGACAAGAAGGACGAGGAUUUCUCCCCGCGUGCUUUCGAUGCCGAGAAACAGUUCCAGUGAGAGUCUAACGUACAAGGAUGCUGGCGUGGACAUAGAUGCUGGCCCUGAACUUGUUCGUACAAUUGCCAAAAUGGCACCGGGAAUUGGUGGCUUUGGUGGACUUUUUCCUCUUGGUGAUUCAUACCCUGUUGCCUGUACGGAUGGCGUGGGAACUAAACUUAAACUUGCAUUUGAAACUGAAAUCCAUGAAACUAUUGGGAUUGACCUGGUUGCGAUGAGUGUCAGCGACAUUACUUCUGGAGCAAAGCCAUUAUUUUUCCUUGAUUACUUUGCUACUAGCCACCUUGAUGUUGACCUUGCUGAAAAGGUUAUAAAAGGAAUUGUUGAUGGUUGCCAACAAUCUGAUUGUGCUCUUUUAGGAGGCGAGACUGCAGAGAUGCCAGAUUUUUAUGCUGACGGUGAGUAUGACCUCAGUGGUUUUGCAGUUGGCAUUGUAAAAGGAGAUUCAGUAAUUAAUGGGAAUGACAUUGUGGCUGGAGAUGUCCUUGUUGGUCUGCCAUCCAGUGGUGUUCACUCUAAUGGUUUCUCUCUUGUAAGAAAGGUUCUAGCUCGAAGUGGCUUUUCUUUGAAGGACAAACUUCCUGGUGAAGAUGUUUCAUCAGGUGAAGCUUUGAUGGCCCCAACUGUUAUCUAUGUUAAGCAGUUGCUUGGCUUGAUUAGCAAGGGUGGGAUAAAGGGGAUUGCCCACAUCACAGGUGGUGGUUUAACUUACAACAUACCUCGAGUGUUUCCAAAAGGCCUUGGAGCUGUCAUCCAUAAGAACUCCUGGGAAGUCCCAACUCUGUUUAAGUGGAUUCAAGAGGCGGGAAAAAUAGAAGAUGCUGAGAUGAGACGGACUUUUAACAUGGGCAUUGGAAUGCAAAAAAAAUAA